AACGGAAUGUUCACUCACUCGUAGAAGUCUCUUCCACUCUUGUUCGAUCCUCUCGCGUCGCGAGUGCCAAUGGGAUUCCUUCUUGUGGCGAUUCUAGCUGUGAUCAUCGGCAUAGCCGCAUCGGUGAUAUGGACGGCAAUCGUCCGCCGCGCGGGGAUUGAUCCACUGCCCUCGGACUGGCCUCCAACUCCAAAGAGGGAAGGAUUGUUCGCGGUGAACACAGUGCUCCAACAGGCGGAGGUGAUUGGCGUGGGAGAGCUUCCCGGUCCCGAGGACAUUUCCUUGGACGACGACAAUGGCGUGCUCUACACCGGCUGCUCCGACGGGUGGAUCAAGAGGGUGUCUCGAAAGACUGGCGAGGUGGAGAACUGGGUGAAUGUGGGAGGCCCUACGCUUGGGGUCGUGCGCGGGCAACAAAAGAAUUUGCUCGUCUGCGUGCCAGGCAGAGGGCUGCUCAACAUCACUCGGGAUAAGCGCGUGGAGGUUCUCUCGAGCGAAGCCGAUGGUGUCAAAUUCAUGGUGGCUAAUGGAUUAGACGUUGCGAAGGAUGGCACCAUCUACUUCACUGAUGCGACGAGCAAGUUUCCGCUGGAGAAGGCCAAACUGGACGUCCUCCAGUGCCGCCCAAACGGCAGGCUCUUGAAGUACGACCCCGCGACUCGCACCACCACAGUCCUGCGCAAGAACAUGUUUUUUGCGAAUGGAGUCUCGCUCUCUGCCAAGGAGGACUUUCUAGUGGUGAGCGAGACAUCCAUGGUGAGGUGCAUGAAGUACUGGCUGAAAGGUAAGAAAGCGGGAACCAUGGAGGUGUUCAUGGACAACUUGCUGGGGCAGCCGGACAAUGUCAAGCGCGAUGGCCAUGGUGGAUUCUGGAUAGCAUUGGUGUCGGGGAGGACAUGGCUGAGCGACAUGAUCUUGAAAAUACCAGCAUUGAAGUACAUCAUAGCGCAACCCGAAGUUCUCGAUAAAUUCUUUGGGAAUGCGAGGAUGGCCAAGGUAUUGAGAGUGAGCGAGGAUGGGCGACCGCUGGCGUUCUAUGAGGAUCCAACGGGGAAGGUGGUGGGAUUUGUAACGACAGGCUUGGAAGUUGGAGAUUAUCUUUACCUUGGAAGCUUGGAAAGGAAAUUCAUUGGCGGGCUAAACCUUCAGGAAUUACAAGUAACUUAGUAAAUAGGUGGUAUGAUAUUUGAAACAUAUAAUGAACAAUAACUUUCUUUUAAAAAUAAAAAAUAAAAAACAUUAAAUCCA